GUGAUGUGAUAGGAAACGAUUUAUUUCUCAACUUGUCGAUCACUGAUAGCGUCUCUCUUUCAGUGUUGUUUCAUCGAAUUUGCAGAGGGCUUCGAGAAUCUGAGAUUCUCCUGGUGAAUUAAUGUCCCAAGGAGAUUCCUUUCUUCAUACCCAUUACGUUCUCUAUCUAUCUUAACUUCAAUUUGCUUUUGCAAUUCUAUAUCUCGAUUAUCUAAAUCUUCUUCAGUCUCCAUGUAUUUUUCCUCUGUAUCACUCUGACCCAAAUGUAUAAGAUGUGCCAUGAACCUACUAAGAUCACUCCAUCUGAGUCGGAUUUUGCAUUCCCUGAGUUAGACCACAUCCCCUUGACGUCCCGGCGGAGUUUGAUACAAUCAAAUGAAAGAGAAUCUCAACGUAUCGCUGCUCCUGUGCCUGCAUCGAAUGUUGAUAGUAUCGUGAAAAAGGAAGAAGAAGAAGAAGAAGAUAGUGAGCUGGGUGUAGUGUCAAAUUGUGAUGCUACAGAACCUGUAAACACAGAAAUUUUGGAAUCUACAAGCAGUGGUUGUAGUCAAGGUCUGAAUGAUUAUGGAAACGUAAGACCACAGAACAACAUUCUAGUGUGUUGUAGUAAUGUGGAAGAGAAUGUCGAAAGACUGAAACAAAUCGAGGAAACCGAAAGGAAUGAUGCUCUUGAACAUCUGCCACUGAAAGAGCGGCGCAAAAUGCUUCUUGAAAGCAUGGUGGCUAUAAGGUUGCCAGAAUCUAAGUUAGAGGAUGAUACUAAAGAUUGUGAUGAAUCCGAUCUUUACAAAGUAAAAGCCGAGAUUUCAUGCGAGAAUGGGAUAGCUUCGUCUUCUGGUGUCCAAUUCAGCGGGUUUCUAGAAAAAAUUGAUUCUGUCCUCUGUAAAAAUUUUAGUAUAGGUUCAGAAUCUGGAAGUCAGCUUAGUGGAAUUCAAGAGAAUGAUAUUCCGAUUGCUCACAAAAGUUCUUUUGAUUUGUCCCCUGAAGCCCGUCUACCUGAGUUAUCCAGUAGAGAUGAUGAACACUCUCAGUUAGGUAGCAACGAAAAUCCAAGAAGAAGUGUGAAAAGAGUCAAAAGGAAUCCGCAGCCUUUGAAUGUGUUUGAAAUGCAGUCUACUCAAGUAAAGACUGAUCCUUUGGGUGAUUGCGUCAUGGAGAAUAAUGACGAGAGAAUUCCCGUCACCUCAGAACAGGUGCCAGUCAAAAGAGAAGUGGAACACCAUGGUGAAGCUUAUGAUGAGAAUGAGCUCGAUUCUGUAAACUUGAGCUCUCGCUUGAAUCGUUGUACAUCUUCUCUGAAUCCUUCUAGGUCUGUGAAAAACGAAGCAGAGACAGCAAGUGAAUUGGAUGAAGAUGAGUUAGAUCACAUGAAAUUAAUUGAUCGAUUAAAGCUUCGAUCUUUUGAUGGUUCUGGUUAUCAUGAAGAGAGUAAUCCACAGUCUUCAGGGUUUAGUUUCUGUACAUCUGAUGAAUACGUUAAACCUCUGAGGAUAUUGCGUCCCUGGAAGCGGAAGAAAACUGCCACUGACUCAAUUGAGACAGCUCUGGAGGAAGAUGCUCCUGGUCUUUUGCAGGUACUGAUCCAACAAGGAGUAUCAGUAGAUGAACUUAGGCUUUAUGGGGAGAAUGAAGGAAGUGGUGUUUCCUCAGAUGAUUCACUUCUUGACGAGAGCUUCUCGGAGCUCGAAGAUGUGAUCUCGCAGCUUUUCUUAAAACGCCAGACGAGCACAAAACUUCUUAAUUUAAGUUUCUCAAAAGCUUCAAGAACUAGCUAUUGCUUGACCUGUCUAUUAUCUCUCAUCGAACAGGCGCGGUAUUUGCGGUUCCGCAAAUGGCCUGUUGAGUGGGGCUGGUGCCGCGAUCUCCAGUCUUUCUUAUUUGUUUUCGAGAGACAUAACCGUAUAGUAAUGGAACGGCCUGAAUAUGGCUACGCAACAUACUUCUUCGAGCUCAGCAGCACUGCAUCAGUUGGAUGGCAGAUCAAACGUUUAGUAUUGGCCAUGAAACUCGCAAGCUGUGGCCGAUAUCAACUAAUUGAAAACAAGCCUUUACUGGUAGGGGAAGAUAUGUCAGAAAGCGAAGCGGAAGUGCUGAUGAAGUAUGGUUGGGUUCCAAACACGGGACUAGGGACGAUGUUAAACUACUGCGAUAGAGUCUUCCACGACAGGAAAACUCAAAAACCGACAUCGGAAUGGAGAUCUAAGAUUUCUAAGCUUCUUAUCGAUGGCUACAACAGUGGAACCAUCGUCUCAACAUGCAUUGCACCUCAUGGUGGUGAUAAUGAUGAUAUUUAUGAUGCCGGAUUUGACAUGGAAUGUGUUAAGCUUGAGCCUUAUUGAAGCUGCGAAUCUGUUAUAGAGUCUUCAACUGUUGAUAUCAUUCUUUAUUUACUUGUUAUAAAUUCAACCAGAUUUCUCUUUUACGUUGUUAUAUUUUCGAUUUUUUUUUUAAAUGAUAAUUUCGUUUAGUAACUUUUUUUAUGUUGAUGCUAUUACAAUGGAAUCAAUUAUGAAUUUGCCUUUCGACCAA